CACAUAACUCGAGGAAUGUAAUCUCAACCCAGGUACUAUACACACCUGAGUUUCGUACACUCGGCACCAUAAAUUUACUACGAUCCGCAUAGCCUCUAGAUCUGUGAAUACCAGUCAAACUUGUUCCGCGGAAUGUACCAUUCUGCCGUACAAUUGUGAGGUGAACGUGAAUGUACGACCCGGUUAAAAUCAUUAAUGAUUCCAAACUGGUCCACUGCAUUCCAGCGAUGUUUUGCUUCAGAAUGUACCUGACCGCUCCAGAGUUGAAAUGGGAAAUUUAGUUGAAGAACACCUUUGCCGGUUGAUGUGUGCUCUUCAGGGUACUAAGAACACGUGGAGUUACGAGCUGAGUGUUUGUGUGCUGUGCUAGUGAUUCGAGUUUUUCCACUAAUUUCACCUCAACGAUUAAGGAUUUACACAACUUUUGGGGAAUAUACCAGUCCGUCUUAGUGGUUUUUUAACUACAUGGUGAGAGAUCACCCCUCUGAAGAGAUGAGUGGGUCAUGCGUGCCGGCCUGUGCACGGUGAGCGCACCCCUAGCCGCGUGCAGCCCGGCAGCAGCGCUACCUCCGUCAGCCAGGUUUUUGGCCCUCCAUCUGCUGCACCAGCAGACCCUCUACUUCAUCGUCCAAGCCAAAUCCAGAGUAAGAGAGCUCUACCAGCAGACAUGUCUCCACUUUGCCCAACAGGGCAUGUUAGAUACGGACCUGUAUGGACUUGCACUGAUUUGCGAUGGAGAAUACCUCUUCGCGGAGCCAGAUAGCAAGUUGUCGAAGUACGCUCCAAAGAGUUGGAGAUCCUCUCACAGCCAUGGCUUGGACGCGAACGGUCGACCAGCCCUUGCCUUCUACUUCCGGGUCCAGUUCUACGUCGACAGUCCUCUCCUACUCAGAGAUGACAUCACACGACACCACUACUACCUGCAGCUGCGGCUCAACGCAGCUUCUGGGGCUGCAGGUGACAAGGCCAACCAACUGGCGGGGCUGGCCUUACAGGCGGACUUUGGGGACAAUCACGAGUCCCUAUGCUUCAGGCCAGAGGACUAUCUACCGCCGAAUAUGCGAGGCCCUGCUGCACUACGUGCCAUCGAGACCACACAUCGCAGCCACACCGGUCUGUCGAAGGCUGAAGCUCGCACCAAGUUUAUAGCAGAGGCAUGCCAGCUGAUGGAACCUGUGAACGCUCACGUCUUCAGAUUAAAAGCUUCCAAAGUCGAGACAGCUCCCGGUUCUAUCCUAUUGGCUGUUUGUGCGCGUGGUCUUCGAGUUUGUCCAGAUAACAACCCACCGUCAAUAUUCCUCUGGAGCUCCAUUGGGAAGCUGAGCUUCGAAAGGAAGAAGUUCGAGAUCAGGACGGGUCAUGAGAAACUCACGUUAUACACUAGUAGCGAUGAAAAAAGCAGGCUUUUAUUGGCCCUCUGCAAGGCCACCCAUCAGUUCAGCAUGGCCGUCGCUCCGCGGUUGAACGAGGCCAAGAAAGAAGAAGAGGAACGUCAGAGAUGGGUGGGCGAUCAGAGGAUAUCCGUCAUAUCGUCCACUUCCUCGAACACAACUUCGGGAAUCGUCAGCGAUAGGGUUCAUUCGGAAGAUGAACUCGAGAUCAUGAUUACGAGUCCUCCCGCUCAAUCUAUGGAAAGUUUGGCUCUAGCACACCUGCUGGACAGUGCGCCUGCUAGUAGCCGAACUUCCGCCGCUUCAGCUUCGGUCGCUUUCGCUUCUCUCGCCCUGAAAGAAGAAGAAGAAGAUGACGUUUCCAAGCCGCCGUGCUCCGAGAGCUCGACCAAGACGACCAGUGGGAAGUGUCCGGGAUCUCAAUGCAGCUCGUCCUGCAGCACUGUUGUCGUUACACCGAAGCAAACUAAAUCGAAAAUUGGGCGGAGGCUAUCCACAAGUAGCAGCCUGGAGCUCGGUUACUCCCACACAGCCCAGAACUCAGUGUUGAGCGACGCCACUUGUAUCGAACUGGAUACUCGAGAGGUGGUAUACACUUCAGGUCCGGCACCCAGCAGCCAUACCAGCGGAGUUUACACGCUAAGUUCCAGCGAACAAUACAGCACUCAAGGAGAUCAAAUAGACGGCAUGUUUAGGGACAGAUCGAAUUCAAACGUGAGCAAUUCUGGUUCCUUCCACGGCGACGGAAGCGACCCUACAGACAAGCAGCAGUCCCUGCUUUCCGCUGAAGAACUGUCCGAUCUGAUAGUUGGGAAGGGGAAGUACCCGAGCUGUAAGAACGUCAGCAACACCUUGGAUUCAGAUUCUGACUACGUCACGUUACCCUCGAGUUACAAGUCAUAUCUGCCUGUGCCUCCUGUGAGGAUUGACAGCGUAGAAUCUAGAUUCAGACCGCCUCCACCACCUUAUCCAGCGCAGCUGAAUAAGUUAUCGGUGGAAAGCUCCUCCGUAGAUUUCAGCGAUUCCAGCUGUCGAUUGAAUUUAACGCUGAGGCAUCCACCACCUUAUCCAGAGAAUACAAUGCCUGUUCCACCUCCAGUAUAUCCAGCAUCGAGCGAGGCUAACGCAAGGUUGAUCACCACUCGAUCUCCUAGUAUCUUAACCGCCCAAACCAGCACAGUUGGAUGUAAUUCGGCUCCAAGUUAUUCCCAACCAAGCGCUAUCGUUCCUCCAAUACCUCCAAAAGUGCCUAGAUCCGCGUCUCAAAUGAACGCCAUCAUCUCUCCUAAUAACUAUUUAGAUGUUGCUGCUAGUAAAGCCAACGUUUUGGUUCCUUGCACUUAUCUUCCACCGCCACCACCAGCUCCUAGACAUCCACCACCUCCUCCGCCUUCUGGAGUUACUACGGUCUACACCAGUCAGCUUUCCAGGUCGCAAAUAGAGCAGUACCAGCAGCAGAUGUACAGCGAUGUGGAUUUCGUCGUGUUCCCGUUGAAAGAACCUGCGAUAAGUAAACAAGAGUAUUUGGAAGCUAAGCAAGGGUCGAUUUUGGCUGCUCUGGCUCAAAACCAGCCUAUGUUUUACAGGAGCACCCCUUACUUGUGCACGUACUCUUCCAGUCAGAACCUGUCUGACACCUACGUUCAACUGCCAGUAUAUGGCGCUCCAAGCAUCUCUUCCACCGGCAGUUUGGAUCCUCCUCCGCCACCUUUGCCACCAAACAGACCCAAUAGAUUCAUGAGGACCCAAUCUGACGACAACAUCUUGAACUCUUUGGACAACCAACCUCCGAAGUUCCGAAGACUACCACCUCCGCCUCCACCGGCACCUGACAAGAGGGAGGGUAGACUGGAUAUUAGUAAAAAUAUUAGUGAAAGAAAGUGUGAUGUGUCUUCAGUUGUUGCAACGGAAAAACCGACCGCUUUGGACAUUCGUACUCUGAGAGAGAAGAGCAAGAAAAUGGACUUGCCGUUGAUAUCAGCGUUGUGCAAUGAUAGGUCGCUGAUCAAACAGACUAAAGCUUUUGUGAUGCCCAAACACCCGGGUGACUCAGUUCCGCGUCAGUCGAUAUACAGCAGCACUACUCGUCAAAAGUACCCUGUAUCAGGUUUAAGUAGUUCGAAAAUAAACAAGACCGCUAGGAAAGCUCCUAUGGUGAGCCAUAGGCAUCCGGGAGACAAGCUCCCUGAAAUUCCUAGGGCUACUCCAAACAAUUAUGUACUAACUGAUCCACGAGCUAAGCAUAAGACUAUGCAAUCGCAUUCUUGAAUAUUUUCUCGUCGACAGGAACAUAUUCGAGAAUCGAGAAACUCAACUCAUUGUUAAUACUCAGGGUGCCAUCAUUGCAGUAUAUAUUUUAAUAAUAAUUCAAGUCAUGUAUGAUUGGCAUUCUGGUAAAACUAUGACGGUUAUUUUGUUAAUGAUUUACUGGAAUGCCAACAACUUCAAGCCAUUCCCUGCGUGUAUAUAAAAGUUAUUUUUUCUACCACUACAACUAGUUUUUCACAAUAUGAAAAUUAUGAAGAUUAAAUAAAUACACUUGCUCAACUUACAUUAGACUUUAACUGAUUAUAUAUUGCAUUAUAUUGUUUUAAUUUUUUAUUUAUUUUUUUUGCAUCGAAAUUAUUCAUGCUUCAUUCAAGUGUAUGGUGCUGCCAUCAUUUUUAUUAAAAGCAAUAAAUACUUGAUUAUUCAUUGUGAAA